AAUCACAGCAGAUUGCUAUUUUACCUUUGUAAAUUUAUGCAUUUGAUUGACAUAACCAAAAAAUGGUAAACACUUAAGAAAUUAUGUUUUACAUUUAAAAUGUAGUGGCACGUCAUCAUUUACAGGUCAAAUCACAGUUCUACAAUGUUAACAAAAAUAUUUGUUAGGUACUGUCCCCUAUGGCGAAGAUAUUAUUCAAAUUCCACAAAACCGAAAACAGCAAUAAUUUUGUUAAAUAUGGGAGGGCCGCAACAUAUUCACCAGGUUGGUGAUUACUUACAUCGUAUUAUGACUGAUCGAGAUGUUAUUCAGUUUCCAUUUGCACAAAACAUUAUUGGGGAAUGGAUUGCCAAAAGGCGGACUCCUGAUGUGCAAAAGAAAUACCAAGAAAUUGGGGGUGGGUCUCCAAUCUUGAAAUGGACUACACUACAAGGAGAUCUGUUGUGUAAGCAACUGGACAAAGAAUCCCCUGAGACUGCCCCCCAUAAGGCUUAUGUAGGCUUUCGUUAUGUUCCUCCUUUUACUGAGGAUGCACUAGAGGAAAUGUUAAAAGAUGGAGUUGAGAGGGCCAUAAUAUUUUCACAGUACCCUCAGUAUAGUUGCGCUACUUCCGGGUCAAGUUUUAAUGUUAUAUAUAGAUAUUUCAAAGAGCAUGGCUUCCCCAAGGGGUUAAAGUUUAGCAUUAUAGAUAGAUGGUCGGUUCACCCACUUCUAGCGCAAUGCUUUGCCGAUCUUAUUCGCAAAGAAUUGCAUAAACUGCCAGAGGAUAAGCGAAAGGAGGCAGUUAUAUUGUUUUCUGCACAUUCUUUACCCUUAAAGGCUGUUAACAGAGGUGAUUCAUACCCUUCAGAAGUUGGUUGUACUGUUCAAUUAGUUAUGUGGGACUUAAAAUACUGCAAUCCGUAUCAGUUGGUUUGGCAAUCAAAAGUCGGUCCUUUGCCAUGGUUAGGUCCUUUUACGGACGAGACUGUUAAAAUGUAUGGUAAACAAGGGAAAAAAACUCUCGUUGUAGUCCCUAUUGCUUUUGUUAAUGAGCAUAUUGAAACUUUACAUGAAUUGGACAUUGAGCUGGUCGAAGACGCAAAGAAGGCAGGCAUAGAAAUUAUCAGGCGAGUUCCAGCACCAAACGAUCAUCCGCUCUUCAUUUCUGCCUUGGUAGACCUGGUGAAGCACCAUUUGAAGAGCAAUUUGGCUGUCACUCCCAAGUUUCUAAAUCGUUGUCCCCACUGCGAAAAUGCCAUAUGCAAACAGAGCAAGGAGUUUUUUGCAGAAGUCUGCAAUUUGUAAUAUUAUUCUGUGCAUUGUAAUAUUUUUUUACUGGCGAAUAAAAUUACCAUGACAGUUUU